AUGUCUGGUUCAAGUCGAUUGAAUAAAGCCCUAUGGACAAAUCUAACCCGAUUGAAAUUGCUAACCAAACCAGAUGCUGCUAUCAAAUUCGUGUUGGAAAAAUCUCCAUUUAAUGAAGAUGAUGACGAAGAACCACUACCGCUUGAAAGAGACGAAUAUUGCAUCGUUGGUCGAAUUUAUCCAAACUCCGACAUUUACAAAGAAGGAGCCUAUCGCAUUCAGCUAAAAUUAACAUCUAAAUAUCCCAGCGAACCCCCAGAGGUUCGUUUCCUGACGCCUAUAUAUCACCCGAAUGUUCAUCCUAAUGGUACAUUCUGUAGUCAUUUAUUGAGUAAUGCUUCGCGAUGGAAACUAAACCGUGAAACCACAUUAGAAGAUCUGAUGAAACUCAUUGCUAGACUUCUUGAUGAGCCUGAUGCGGACUAUGCUAUUAGUUAUGAUCGAAGUGAAGAAUACUUAAAGAAUAGAGAGGAAUUUAAGAACAAAGCAAUGGAGAUGGCCAAAAAACACGCGCUGCCACGAAACUAA